AUGUCUUGCUUCAUUGUUUCCGGAACUGCUGCUGACACAGCUUCUGAUGCCGACUGCAGUAGCCCUGCUCCCUCUUUUCAGGAUGAAUCAUCUCCUGUAUGGUCAACCUGCAAGUGUCACGACACGAAGCCCUACAAACUCAAGUGCACACUCAACAUCCCCGAAAAUUGGUGUGAUGAGGUCCCCGACACCAAGGAAUCUCUUGUUGAACGUCCCUCACUCGCAGUUAAAGCCCUUCGUUCAAGACAAUUCUUCAGGAGAAUUCAAGCUGCUCAUGGUGCUGAUAAAGGCUUCUCCUUGGGCGACUGGGAGGAGGCUAAGCUCCGGCACAGUCUUCUGCGCAUGAUGACCGACCUAUCUUUCUAUGAGAAAACUGUCUCAGUCUGGGUGGAAGAUCUUCCGGACGACGAAAAGGCCUGCAUUGAAAGACUAGCUGACAUCUUAGAUGAAGAAUUCACCAUCGAUGUUGAUGAUGAAGUGGGUUGGGAGAAGCAUGAGAGUCGAUUGGAUCAGUGCCUUGAUAGUGUUGAGCUUAUCCCUGAGGAAGACCAAGGACUCGAACAAUUGAAGCUAGAGGAAUGGGCGUGUUACAAGUGCUCACGACGCCAUGCUGAAAAGGUGUUAUUCUUCCUGGGCUAUAAAGACUAUGGUCCCAUGGCACAGUAUUUUGAGUGA